CUAUGAAGGCUCAUGGUACAGGUGGCUGGUUUCUAUGGAGGCUCAUGGUACAGGUGGCUGGUUUCUAUGGAGGCUCAAGGCACAGGUGGCUGGUUUCUAUGGCCUGAGGUAGUGACUGACACAGGCUCACAAACACAAGGCCUGAAGACUCAAACAUUCUGAGAUCACAGACAAAGAUUGUGUUUUCUCCAUUGGCAAUGUCAAACCAUUGAUGUUACCCAUAGAAAUAAAGCCAGUUAGUGCAAUAAUAAAAGCUUGACCAACAAGAAAAUUAAAAUAUCUAUUAAAAGCUUCACAAUAGCAUUUUGUACACAAAGUAAGUUUUUCGAAUCAAAUAGCACCUAAUUUGAGACUGUGACGUUUUUGUUUUUUUUUCCGUUUUUUUUUUCUUACUGUACCGUUUGAAUUUAAAAUAGGUGGAUUGAACGCAAUUUUCACAUUUUGGAGUGCCGUUUUUGCACGUCAGAUAUUCAUUGCGCAGAGUAUCGGUGCACCUUAAAAUGUAAUUUGCUAGAGUUCUUGCAUUUCUGUAAUUUGACUCCGGACGUCCACAUCCUUGGGAAGAUCCUGCAUCCCUGCCUCGCCCGCCACAGCCUUGCGGAUUUGCUGACGUGUCGGCUCGCUACGCUCAUCGUGCUGGGACAGUAUCCAGCCACAGCAUCGACUGCCAGCAUGGCUGCUGUCGUCCUGAAAUUUUACCUCUUUAUUCUGCUACUUCACACAACGAUAUCAAAAUCGGCGAUCGACAGGCGGUUCUCCAACUUCAAGCGAUGUUCCGACGAAGAGUGCAGCAUGCUCCUCUGUCGAGGCAAGGCUGCUCAGGAUUAUAAGGGACCUGACUGUCGGUUCUUGAGUUUUAAAAAGGGAGAGACGAUAUAUGUUUACUAUAAACUGUCCGGAAAGCGGACUGACGCGUGGGCGGGAAGUGUCGGAAGCCGAUUUGGCUAUUUCCCGAAGGACCUGCUGAUAAUCAAUCAUGUCUACACUGAUAAAGAGCUGGAGAUUGCUGCUGAGGAAACGGACUUUGUGUGCUUCGAUACCGGGUUAGACAAAUUCGACAAUUACGACCUCGAUGCUUUACUCAGCUCCUCUGAGGCCACGGACGCCGAGGAGGCGACGCGGGAAAAUGGCGAAAAAGACAAUAAUGGUGCCAUUGAGGAUUCUGGCAGGGAAGUCGAGGCGGAGGAAGUGGGCGAGGACCGAGAACCGGAGUCGACUGACUCCUCUCCACUGCCCUCUGAAGAACAGCCCAAAAACGGGGACACAAAGCCGCAGGAAUCUGAUGCGCCGGGAGAUCUAAAGGAUGACCUGAUUGUAGAUCAGCAAGCGGGUGAAAAUCUAAAAGAUGACCUGAUUGUAGAUCAGCAAGCGGGUAAAAAUCUAAAAGAUGACCUGAUUGUAGAUCAGCAAGCGGGUAAAAAUCUAAAAGAUGACCUGAUUGUAGAUCAGCAAGCGGGUAAAAAUCUAAAAGAUGACCUGAUUGUAGAUCAUCAAGCGGGUGAAAAUCUAAAAGAUGACCUGAUUGUAGAUCAGCAAGCGGGUAAAAAUCUAAAAGAUGACCUGAUUGUAGAUCAUCAAGCGGGUGAAAAUCUAAAAGAUGACCUGAUUGUAGAUCAUCAAGCGGGUGAAAAUCUAAAAGAUGACCUGAUUGUAGAUCAGCGAGCGGAGAGCACUGCAGAGACACUCGACGAGCCGAAGGACGAAGACGGGGAAAACACAGAGCACGUUUCGGAGAGGCAAAAAUCCCCCGCCCUGAAAACGAAGAUUGGCUCGACCUUCGACGCAGUCACCUCGGACGAUGAAGACACGUGGCGGGUGACCCCUUACUAUGAGGAGGACGAGGAGCAGGAGGAAGAGAAGAGCAAGGAGGCGGGAGACCCGCCAGGCAGGCGUGAGCGUGAGGACGGCGCCAGGAGACCGCUGAUCUCUUUCACCAAGGAGGAGCCUGGGCUGGGGUCAGAACCCACUCCUCCGGGGGAGGAACCGGCGGAGAGACAGGAGGAACCGGCGGAGAGACGGGAGGAACCGGCGGAGAGACGGGAGGAAGCCAAAGAAAAAGGGGGCAUCUGGUCAUCCCUCGGGGACACCGUUUUCAAAAUUGUCAGCGGGGGCGAACGGACCGAGGAUAUGAGCAGCUCUGAGGAAGAGGACGAAGAGGAUGUUGAAAAGGAAAUGGAACCAGAACCGGAGAAGAACAUCAAUGAGGAAUUUGAUUCUGUGGACCUUUCGUCCUCCGACCCUCAUGGAGAGACAGAGGACAUGGCACGUUCCCCCCCAAAAAAUAUUUUUGAUGAACCUGCGGAAGUGAAUAUUGAGGAAUCUGCCUCUGAUGUGCCUAAUGCCGGUUCAAGCACACCGGAAGAGGGAAUUCUGUCUGACGAGGCUGCACCAGAGGUAGAUGAGGAAGGUGACUUGACUUCUAGCCAACCGGACUCUUCAGCACUUUCCCCAGAUGAAGAAUCAAUAUCCCCAGAUGAAGGCGAGCCUGACCCUCAGAUAGUGCCCAAGGAGUCCCCUGAAACAUUCCCAGCUGGUGAAGAACUCCCAGCUGGUGAAGAACUCCCAGCUGAUGAAGAACUCCCAGCUGAUGAAGAACCCCGAGAGCCUGAACAUGAGAAUGUUAAACUUGAAACCCAUGCACAAUUGGACAGAACUUCUCAGGAACGUCACAGUGAACAAAAGCCAGAGGCGUCCGUAGGAGACGUUUCACCUGAGGACGAACAGAGUGGAAAGUCUGUGUUAAAAAAUUUGAAUCCAUCAGCAAGUGGAGACGAGAACACCGGGACAGACACAGAGACGGAGAAACGAGUCCACCGUGCCAAAAAAGAGAUCAAACAUCUGUUGGAGGACACGCUGAAGAUGGAGAACAUUGGCACGCUGAAGAUGGAGAACAUUGAACCUCAUCCUGACAAAGAGGAGGAGGAGGAGGAGGAGGAGGAGGAAUUGGAAGAACACGGGGAGGGUGAAGAGGAGCUGUUAGAAGAUGAGAAUGCUGCACUGUCCACCGCAGAACAUUUAGAUGCCGAAGAGGAGGUCUCGCAUGGAGAGGAAGAUGGCGAGGAGCUUGGCCCUGAAGAAACGGAACCGGAUACCGAAUCGGAGAAAUCCGAGAAGCCCGAGGCAACAAGCGACACCCGUGAAACUGAAGAAGAACCGUCGACCGAGGAAGACCUGCCUGACGACUCUCGCCCGCCCCCCCCGGGGGAGAAGGGGCCCGGCGGCACGGAGGUGCAGUACAGCGAGGAUGUGCGGCGUCUCACCAUCCUGAGGAGCCACUUCGAGGACGAGGACAUGCAGCGCUUCCGCCGGCACCUGGGCCUGCAGCAGCUGCUGCGCGUGGAGGCCCUGUUCGCCGCGCUGGACGAGGAGCUGCGGGUGGCCCGGCGGGCGCAGGCCGACUCCAGCCAGGACGUGGAGACGGCCCUGGAGGGCAUCCUGGAGGCCUCGGAGAACGCCAUCCUGGACGAGAUCGAGAGGAUGCUGGACGAGCGGGGGGUAGUCCGCGCGCACCUGCAGCAGCCGGACGUCGAGAUGUUCGACGAGGAGGCGACGAUCUUGGACGACUUCCAGGACCUGGCUUUCAGCCUGCGGAAGAAGUACUCCGCCGCCAGUGACAGCGAGCCGCUCUCCUCGGGGAAUCAGGGCCACACGGACGAAGACGGGGGUCAUCCUGAGGUUGCAGAGGACACACCAGAGAAUCUUACGGCCGAGGAUCUCACGGCCGAGGAUCUCACGGCCGAGGAUCUUACGGCCGAGGAUCUUACCGCUGAGAAUCUUACCGCUGAGAACCUCACCACUGAGAAUCUUGCAGCUGACAACCUUACGGUUGAGAACCUUACCACUGAGAACCUCACCACUGAGAAUCUUGCAGCUGACAACCUUACGGUUGAGAACCUUACCACUGAGAAUCUUGCAGCUGACAACCUUACGGUUGAGAACCUUACCGCUGAGCAUCUUACGGCUGAGAAUGGUGCAGAAGCGGUCGAGUACAAGGCGGAGCACGUUAACGAGCCGCUGGAAAGCCCUCUUGACAGUUCCUUGCACACACCGGACAUAGGCUUUAAAGAGGACGGAGGCCGCUUCAACAAAAAUAAAGAAAACCAAGGGAUUUAUAAAGACACAGAAGAGAUCCAGAAAGGCCCCCAAGCCAUUUUGGAUAAUCCGCUGGACAUGGGCUUUCAUUUUGAGGGGGAGAGUCCAUCAUCGGGAUCUCUGGAUUCCACAAGCGUUUCUGAUUACCCUGAAGAGGAGCCGGAGGAGCCGCCCUCUUUGUCCAUUCUGUCAGAGAUGGGUGGCCUUCUCCUCCUGGCGCAGGAGUGCUGCGGAGUUUACACAGACAUGCUCAUCGCGGCGCUCCCGGAGGACUGGCAGCCCGGCCCCACGUUCCGGGGCGUUCCCUGGAGAGCCGUGGCCAGCACCGCGGCCGUGGGCAUCGUCACCGUCAUCGCCUUCCUGUGGAGGAGCGUCCUCGCGGUCAGAAGCAAGACCUAUCUGUUGACAGAAAAGCAGCUUGCUCUGAGAAUAACGCAGCUCUGUGAUGAGAAGUCUGAUGCGCUCACCAAAAUCUCCCAGCUCAAGGAGAAGAUCGUGGCGAGUGAAGCUCUUUUAAAGGAGUCAGAAAAGUGCGCCAGCUCCACUGAGCUCGAGAACGCAGAACUGAAGGAGUCCUGUGAGCGUCUGCAGCAGAGGAGUGAGCAGAGCCGGGUGCAGCUGCAGAGUCUGCGGGGCGAGAUGGAGGCUGAGAGGAGGAGGAACCAGGAGCAGAGCGCCCAGAUCUCAAAGACGGAAAAAGAAAUGGAAAAGCUGAAACAUAUCGUGAAAGGCAACAAGGACGAACUUUCAAAGGUGCAGCUGCUGAUGGACGAGGCGCGGCUGAGGGAGGAGGCGCUGAAGGCCCAGGUCACCUCCUUCCAGAAGGAGAACUCCGCUCUGAAGGAGAAGAAGAAAAACCUCCUGCGGGAGGCGCGGGACUGGGAGGAGCGGCACAGGGAGCUGAGCGAGAAGAUCAAAGUGCUGCAGAGGUCCCAGCAGGAGCUGGGGGACGUCCUGGAGCGCAAGGAGAACGAGAUCGAGGUGCUUUCGGACUGCAUCACGGAGCUCAGACAGCUGGAGGCGUGCGAUGGCACUGAGCUGCACAGAGGGGGCGCUGCAGGGCUGGCUAACGGGGAGACCGCAGAGAAGAAAAGCGAGGCGAUGAAGGCGAGGAUUAAGCAGAUGCUGGACGUCUCUCGGGUGAAGACCACGCUCUCCAUCGUAGAGGAAGAGAGGAACCGUUACCUCGAGAAGCUUCUCGCAGAGGAGAAAGAGAGACACAACCUGGAAGAGCGGAUCCAGGCCCUGGAACACGAGAGAGCGGCCCUGCAGGGGGAGCAGGCCCGGCUGCAGGGCCAGUUCCACACCAUCCAGCAGAAGCUGGAGAUCAUGAACGAGCUGUACCAGCAGAAGGAGAACGCCCUGCAGCAGAAGCUGACGCAGGAGGAGUUUGAGCGGCGGCAGAAGGAGACGCGGCUGACGGAGGUGGACGGGAAGGCCCUGCGUGCGGAGGAGGAGCUCCGGGCCUACAAGGUCCGCAUCCAGGAGAUCGAGGAGGAGCUGCAGAAAACCGAGCGCUCCUACAAGACCCAGAUUGCAUCUCAUGAAAAGAAGGCUCAUGAGAACUGGCUUAAUGCCCGUUCAGCAGAGAGAGCUCUGGUGGAGGAGAAGAGAGAGACGGCUAACCUCCGGCAGAAGCUGGUGGAGGUGAGCGAUAAGCUGGUGGAGUUCCAGAGGCCGCUCUUCAAGCCCACGCCGGGACGCCCCGACCCCCAGAUCCUGCCCAUGCGCAGGGGAGGUGACUCGUUCGGCCCCUCCCCUGUGAGUGGGGGUGCCCCGUCCCCCCCUCUGAUGAUGGAGGGCCCCGGCCGCCCCCCCUCCGCCCCCGUGGGCCGAAGAGCCGAGCCCUUCGGACGCCCCCCCUCGGAGCCCCACGGAAGGUUCUCUGAUCUCGGGCACCCGCUGCCCCCCAGACCUGAUGUGUGUGUCCCACGGACAUCCUCCCCCAGCUCCCUGGAUGUAUCGCAGGGUGCCCCCCUGGACCCCUCCCCAGAACCCCCCCUUGUGGUCCCAGAGCCCCCCCCUGAGGGCCCCGAUGCCAGGCUGUCCAAGUCUGGCGGGCCGUCCUUCCUGGCCUCUCCCAUCCGGGACGUGUCCAUGCCGGACCGCCCAAAGGACUGGGGCCCCCCCCUCCCCACGGCCCCCCCCUGAACGGCCACCUUCCCAUGAUGCCCCCUGGGCCCCUGGCACACGAGCCCCGCCUGCCCCCUCCCCGCCAUGGCAUGGGCCCCUACGGACCCCCCCGGCCCUACGGACCCCCGCCCCCUCCCUACCUUCGGGGUCCGGCUCCCCCCAUGAGAGACUACCCCAUGGGGCCCCCCCCCGUAUGGCCACCCCGACUACCGGCCUGAGAUGAGGGAUCCGCGGGACUACCCCCUCCCCCCGCGGCCCCUGCCCCCCGGAGCCAGGGACCACGCGGGGCCUCCCAUGCCUGGGGCCCCCCUGCCC